AUGGAGUUUUUCAUCAGUAUGUCUGAAACCAUUAAAUAUAAUGACGAUGAUCCUAAAACUCUGUUUCUGAAAACACUAAACGAACAACGCCUGGAAGGAGAAUUCUGUGAUAUUGCCAUUGUGGUUGAAGAUGUGAAAUUCAGAGCACACAGGUGUGUUCUUGCCGCCUGUAGCACCUACUUUAAAAAGCUUUUCAAGAAGCUUGAGGUUGACAGCUCUUCAGUAAUAGAAAUAGAUUUUCUUCGUUCUGAUAUAUUUGAAGAGGUCCUGAACUACAUGUACACAGCAAAGAUUUCUGUGAAAAAAGAGGAUGUUAAUUUAAUGAUGUCAUCAGGUCAGAUUCUCGGGAUCCGAUUUUUAGAUAAACUCUGUUCUCAGAAGCGUGAUGUAUCUAGUCCCGACGAAAACAACGGCCAAUCGAAAAGUAAGUAUUGCCUCAAAAUAAAUCGCCCCAUUGGAGAUGCUGCUGACACUCAGAAUGAUGACGUGGAAGAAAUUGGAGACCAGGAUGACAGUCCCUCUGACGACACGGUAGAAGGCACACCCCCCCCCACCCCGAGUCAGGAGGACGGCAAGUCGCCUACGAUGACGCUCAGGGUUCAGGAAGCAAUCCUGAAAGAGCUGGGGAGUAAGGAAGUUCGGAAGGUUAAUUGCUAAGGCCAGGAAGUAGAAUCCAUGGAGACCCCAGAAUCGAAAGAUUUGGGGUCCCAGACCCCUCAAGCCUUAACAUUUAAUGAUGGAAUGAGUGAAGUGAAGGACGAACAGACCCCAGGCUGGACGACAGCGGCCAGCGACAUGAAGUUCGAGUACUUGCUUUAUGGCCACCAUCGGGAGCAGAUCGCCUGCCAGGCGUGCGGGAAGAUCUUCUCCGACGAAGGCAGGUUGAGGAAGCAUGAAAAACUCCACACGGCCGAGAGGCCGUUUGUUUGUGAAAUGUGUACAAAAGGUUUUACCACACAGGCCCACCUGAAAGAACACCUCAAAAUCCACACGGGCUAUAAGCCGUACAGUUGUGAGGUGUGUGGAAAAUCCUUUAUCCGCGCCCCGGACUUGAAGAAGCACGAGAGAGUGCACAGCAAUGAGAGACCAUUUGCCUGCCACAUGUGUGACAAAGCCUUCAAACACAAGUCCCACCUCAAAGACCACGAACGAAGACACAGAGGGGAAAAGGCUUUUGUCUGCGGCUCCUGCACCAAGGCGUUUGCCAAGGCGUCUGAUCUGAAAAGGCGCGAGAACAAUAUGCACAGUGAGAGGAAGCAGGUCACCCCCAGUGCCAUCCAGAGCGAGACAGAACAGUUGCAGGCGGCAGCGAUGGCCGCCGAAGCGGAGCAGCAGUUGGAGACAAUUGCCUAUAGCUAG